AGCGGAGGCACUGCAAGGGAGGUAGUGCUGCGAGGUGUCCGGCCCACCAUGCUGACCACGCUCGCCCCGCCAGCCCUGCUUGGGCUCCCAAGGCGGCUGCCUGCGGCCCCCGCACGGCGCCAGGACUCCUCGGGUUCGUCUGGCUCUUACCACACGGCUCCAGCUUCUCCGGAGCCCCCGGACGCUGGGCCGGACGCAGAAGGCCCGGCGAAUUGGCUCUGGGUGGCCUCUGGGCGGGGGGCGGGCACGCAGCCUGUCCUGUCCGUCAGCGCCCAGAAUAGCCGCCAGCAGCACUGUGCCGGCUCGGGUUUCCCCCGAGGCCCGGGCUCCGACCUGCCGCCACCCCAGCCCCAGCUGCGCAUGCUGCCGUCGGGGGAGAUGGAAGUCAUCUUCGGUGCCGGGCCUCUGUUCAGCCGCGCGGGCACAGAGGAUCACGAGGGGCAGCAGCUCAGUGCGCCAGCCUUCAGCGGUCCCUCGCUGCCUGGACCUUCGUCUCCUGCCCCCGUGUCACCGCAAUCCCAGCCCCCCGACGGUGGCUCCCGCUGGGCCACCUACCUUCAGGUGCGGCCCCGCGGACCGAGUCCUGCGGCCUCAGCACAGUUCGAGUGUGUGGAGGUGGCGCUGGAAGAGCGCACCGCGCCAGUCAGGCCCCGGACAGUGCCCAAGCGUCAGAUAGAACUGCGUCCCCGGCCUCGGAGUCCCUCGCCGGCGGCCGGCGCGCCGCGCCCUCGGCCGCUCUUGCGAACCGGCUCCCUGGACGAAUCGCUGGGCCGACUGCAGGCCGCUGCGGGCCUCGUGCAGACGGCACUGGACAGAAAACUCGGCCCCGUGGCCCCUGCCCCAAACGUUACUUUUAGGCCCACAGGGCGGCCAGAACGUAAGACUCAGGAAACGACCCGCAGCACCCGCGUGGUCCUGGAAGAGGCUAAGUCUCGGCCACCCCGUGCACAAGAUAGUUUCGUCCCCGCCAGAGCCCCACGACCCUGGCCCAGCCUCCGCGAGCGCGCCAUUCGGCGCGACAAGCCCGCGCCCGGGACCGAGCCGCUGGGGCCUGUUAGUUCCAGCAUCUUCCUGCAGUCUGAGGAGAAGAUCCAAGAAACACGCAACCAGGAACCCAAAACUCGGUUCCCGAGAGAGACUCCGGAUCGAACCGUCCAGAAGGCACGUAGUCCACCUUCCCAGGCUAAGGCCCCCAGGGAGGGUCGGAACAGGGCUGUGAGGCCGAGGAGUCCGUCCCUGCCAUGGCAGGCUCCAAAUGGGGUCGUUCGGGGUCCUCGCUGCCCGUCCCCCCAGAACCUGUCCCAGUGCGAUAGGACGGUUUGGAGGGUGAGUAGCCCCACCUUCCCAGAAGCAUCCUCCGCGUGGGAAAAUCAGAGUGCUGCAGUCGAGGAAACUGUCAGCAGGAGAAGCCCUACUCCUCCAACUCUUGCCCCGUGGGCUCAAGGUAUUGCUAGAGCAAGGAGCCCGUCCCCCGAAGCGCCUUCUCCGUGGGAAGUUCCGCAUCCGGCAGUCAGGGAUGCUGCAGGGCGGGAUAGGGGCCCGUCUACUCCAGCCUUGUUCCCAGGGGAGGCACCAGAUCGGCCUACUGGAACGCGGAGCCCCUCGCCCCGAGAGACCUGGGGACCUGUAAUGCAGAGCUCGCCUACAGCAUUUACACGGGAAGCGAUGAAUGGCGUAGCUCAAGAGUUGGCGCCGCCUACACCACCCGCACCCGGGACUCCAGAACUAACCGAGGUGCACGGUCUGCACACACGGGAGAUUCCGGAUCUUGCCUUGCGAGGCAGCCCGCCGUCCCCAGAGGUAGAUGCACCUGAGCCACCCCGCAUCCAUCUCGUGAGCAUCCUGGGGGACGACGAUGCGCGCCCAGAAGCCUUGGGCUCCGGAGAAGCAACUUCUGCACGUCCGCGCGUGGCCAUUCCGCGGCCGCGAGACGUGCGCAAGCUAGUGAAGACCACUUACGCUCCAAGCUUUCCGGCUGAAAGCCCAGGCUCCGCGAUGCGGGAGCCUACUGCCGACCCCUGCGGGGAGGAGGGCGGGGCACCCAAGACACGAGAGCUCCGGGAGCUGGGGUCCCCUGCCCCGGUUCAUUACACUUCAGUUUUUCUCAAGGACUUUCUGCCGGUCGUGCCACACCCCUACGAGUCCCCAGAGCCUCCGGUCCAUACAGUCCCCCGGGAUGCCUCACAGCCCAAUGGGGUCCUGAGGCGGAGAGCAGAGAACAGCACCGCCAAACCCUUCGCGCGCACUGAGAUCCGCUUGCCCGGCGCCCUGGCCUUGGGCCGACGGCCCGAGAGAACCCGGGGAGCCGCAGUGCGCCGUCCUGGCGGAGAGAAGCCGGAAGGCGAGGCGCAGCACCUCAUCGCAGACGGCGAGGGUCGCACCAGUCCCCUAGGCGGCGCUCGCACCUCCCCCCAAAGGUCCCCAAUAGCGCCAGUAGCGACCAGACCACCCCGCCCCGGCUCCCCUCCGGCGCGCCUCAACUCGAGCCCUGGCAUCACACCCAAAUUGGAGACAACCCCUGUGGCCCUCGAGCCCGAGAAUGUCGCCCAGGCGCCCCUCCCGCCAGAGCCCCAGACGUCGGCCGGCAGGACCGCCCAGCCCCAUCCCCAGCCCCGCGCUGCCUCGGCGCCUCCUACGGACCGGGUCCCGCAAGGCCUCUCCCAGGGGAGGCGGAGGCUGCCGGGAGCGGCGCACCCGGGGAAGGUCCUGGUGGACCCGGAGAGCGGCCGCUACUACUUUGUGGAGGUGCCGCGGCAGCCGAGGCUGCGGUUGCUCUUCGACCCCGAGAGCGGGCAGUAUGUGGAGGUGCUGCUGCCGUCCUCGUCCCCGGCGCCACCCCGGCACGCCUACACCCCGCUGGCCCUGGGGCCCGGCCUCUACCCUCCCGCCUACGGGCCUAUCUCUGGCCUCUCCCUGCCCCCGUCCCCGAACCUGCCAGCCCUCGGCAGCCCCCAGCUCCCCUGGGCUUCUGAGGCUGGAUCCCUGGACGGGAUGUUCUACCUGCCGGUGAGCGGGACCCCCAGCCCUGCUCCACCUCUGCUCCUCUGUGCCCCGCCGUCCAGCUCGGGUCCCAUACAGCCCACCAAAGGCUCUGUGUUCCCAUUGUGAUGCCCGGGGCCUGAUCCCCAUGGAGUCCCUAGAUGGCCUUGGAGGUUCUGGUUUCCAGUCCCCUGCCUUCCUUUCCUCCCAUUAACUCUUUCUUUGGUCUGUCCUAGACAGUCAGACCAAAAGUGAACUUAAGCGAAUGUAUCCGGGACCCCUGGCUGAUGGGACUGGAGCUCAGCAAGUGCCUGCCUACUUCCUCUCCCAACAGAAACGCAAAUCCCUUCCCCAGCAUUCCCAGGGUGUGGUGUGGUGUGUGUGUGUAUGCCAGCCAGCCAGCAAACAGGUAAAAGUGGGGAACAGACCCAAUAGAUGUUGAGGGUUCCCAGGGGCAGCAGGGACAGGGCCACCCCCUAGGUGGUGAGCUGUCUGUCCUCCCUAACACCGGUGCCAGCUGAUGUGCGACAGAACAGUGGGCACUGUUGGAUGGAGGGAAAGGACUCUGGCCUUCAAAGUUGUUGUUUUGUAUUGCUCGAGACAGAUCACAGUAUAUACCCAGCAGGCCACCAUAGCACUUGAGAUCUUCAUGUCUCAGUCUCCAAGUGCUGUGAUUACAGGCCUGCGCCAACGAGCCCAAUAUCAAAUGCUGUUCUUUUGAAAGGAGCUGCGCGCGCUCACCUGGGAGGAUGUGAGAGAAAAUGGUCAGUGUGGCUGCAGGCCACUCAGGGUCUGAGAAAGUGAGCUGUGAGGACAGCAGGUGGAGGUGGAGCAAGGAAGUAAUACAGAGACGGGCUAUGGACCAGCCUGGAAUUGGAGGUGGGAGGACUGGGGUGAGGUGGGGCCUAGGUGGUCAUGGUUCCCAGUCGGAAGCUUGGCUUCUCCUUCCUUCCUUUAGCUGAGUCUCUGGUUUCUCAGCUGAGCUGGUUCAUGUUGAGGGUAGGACUUCAACAAUUCCUACCCAGAGAGGGGACAGGUGAAAUGAAUCACCAGGAAGUACUUAUAAGAGGGAAGAUGGGUUGGACUUUUGUCCCAGGGGGGCCUCUUGAUCCCUCUGGGUGGCUGGAAGGUGAGUGAGGGCUGGCAGUAAGAGAGAUGCCUCUGUGUGGGCUAGGCCAGAGGGUCUUGAAGCUCUAGUUGUGUCCACUCUCCCAGGGACAGAUGUGGCAACAAUGCCCAGGGAUGGGCUAGCAGUGCAGGUUGGUCAGAGCACGGAAAGACCCAGAACCUGUGCUCCAACUACCUUGAGCCUCUGAGAAAGGCUGAAGGAACAAAGGUGGAGGUGUUCUGCAUGAGGUGGGAGGUGGUCUGCCUGGAGGCUCUGUGUAGUUCUGAGCCUGAAAUGACUAGGCCUUGCUGGACUGGAGAGUGUGUGUUUUGGAAAGGACAGUUCCCCUUAGAAGCAGUGUCAGGGAUGAGGAUCAAUGCCUUCCUUGUUCCCUUGGAGAGCCUAGGUCCCUUGGCGUCUCUGUCCCCUCUCUCUGGACUGGAAUCUGACUAGAAGAACCAUGAGUCUUCGGGAAUAUAGAAUAAUCUUGACAUCUCUUGGCCAGAGACACUGGUGCCAACGGUAUGGAGGGAGCUGGGGCUACUCCUAGGUGCUUCACCUCAUCCUGGUGUGCAAUAAAUGGCUGACUAUGGAACCAUGGUGGCUGAAGUAAUGACUG